GCGCAUCGCGCGGCGGCGCACGAUGGAGUCGCUGCAGGUGCCGCCGCCUCACGCACGUCCUUUUCGGAGCGUCUUGAUCAUUGAUGGUUCGUAUGCCAACAUUGGAGCGAGAAACUUGCCGAAUGGAAAACUCGACUAUGUGGAGUUUCGAGCAGACCUUGAAGCCAUGGCUGGGUUUUCGUUUGCAGAGUGCUGGUACUUUGACCACGAGCAAAAGGGGUAUCCCGACGUUCGAGCGCUCAAGCGAGCCGCGCCAGAAGGCCCUCAGUUUCAAGUGAAGACAUACCAAAGGAAAGGGUACCAGUGUCGGUGUCCCAAGUGUAACAUCCAAUUCCAGCAAAAGAUUCAAAAAGGGGUCGACAACGGCAUUGCGACGAAGAUGCUGUCUCUAGUGUAUGAACAAAUGGCCGAUCGAUUGGUGCUCGUUGCAGGCGAUGGCGACUUUUACGAUUCGUUGGACCUCAUCAAAAACGUGCGCCACAAGGAACUUUGGGUCGUGGGGUAUCGACCGAACGUAUCUCCUGACUUGCAACAGCUUGCGACGAAAAUCGUGUGGAUCGAGGAUUUGUAUCCCGGUGGCGUGACGACGACGACCCCUGCGCUGAUGGCGGACGAUGCAGUCAUGGACGACAGCGCAUCCUCGUCCAGCUCAAAUGGUUCCAUGCCGCCGCUCGCGCCGUCGGAGGCCCUCGUGUCCGUGCCAGACUGUGGCCUCAGCGCCGUUCCGCAAUCGGAUCCGCUUAGCGUUUUCGUCGGCAACAUUCCGUACGACGCCGUGGAGUCUGAAGUGUCGAUGCUUUUUGAUUCGUAUGGCGUGGUCAAAGCUGUGCGCAUGAUGAUCGAUAGCGUCAGUGGCAUGUUUCGUGGCUUUGCUUUUGUCCACUUCGACUCGAUGGACGGUGUCGACUGCGCCGUUGCGAGCUCGGGUGAGCAGCUCCGUGGCCGAAAAUUGACGAUUCGCCGGCUCCGCGAGCACCAAAAACCACUCCCCGCGCCACCCUCCAAAGGAUCAGCCCCCGCUCAACCACCAACCACUGACGACGGAACGUCGAGUUCACACCGGCAGUGUAUCACGUCUCUGCCAACCGAAACCUCGAUGUCGCAACCCAUCGCUACCACACGUACCAAGCCCCAACUAGGGAAGCGAGCCCGCAAGCGACUACAUCUCGACAACCGGCGCGAGGGAACCGCAAAGCGUGCCAGGACCGAUAUGGCCGCCGCGUCGUUCCGUUCAAGAGGUACGAGCGUCCCAUUGUAUCCAACGUGUGGCAAAAAAGUUGUGUGGGCUUGCCGUGAAGGGAGCACGGUUGAUUUAACGACUGGCCAAAACAUCCAAGUCUCCGUCGGCAUCGCAUCCCCACCCCGGCGAAAACUGCACAUCAUGUCGUCGGAAGCGACGGAUCCCGCCACCGUGAUUGACUUGUGCUUGUCGGAUGACGACGAGAUGGACUGCGGCGAAGUUGAGCAAGUGGACCGAGAUUAAUUUCAUGUGAGUAGUUCCAUCUACUUGCGUGCUGAGCCCCCUUUCGUCGAGACGUCGAUGCUUCAGCGCGUCCAUGUCUCCACCGGUCUCGUCGAACACAAACCCGCAGAUGGAGUGGACAGUGCAAUGCUGCGAUGACGCACUCAAACCGCUUGGCAUGCCGUGGAAACGUCGUGGCUAUCGCCGUCAACGUCUCAGGACCGCAUGCUCUCGAAUGCCGAUGCGCCUCAGCGUUGAUGAGGAUUAGCACUUGAAAUUUAUUACCGAGUUUCGUG